AUGGUCGAAGAAAAACAGCCCGGCUAUCUCAAUACUACGGAGAUCGACGAGGAAUCCGAAGCCCUCGAGGGCUACAUCGUCGAUCCUAGUCGCUAUGCUGACAAUGCAGCCAGGCUGAAGACCAGCCCGGACGGGCGUUACGUUCUAAUACCUCAACCCUUAGACACACCCGACGAUCCUUUGAACUGGAGCGGUGGUAAGAAGUGGGCCAUCAUUGCGAUUGUUGCCUACAUUGCUCUGCUGGCAGACUAUACUGGAGGAACAGCCAUAAUCACCGUCAUCCCUCAAUCCAUGCAAUGGCAGCUCGCUCAAGCCACAGUACAACGGGCAGUGGUGGGCAACUUAUUCACGAUUGGAGCUUGCGGGCUUUUCGUUGUUCCACUAGCAAGCUACUUUGGCCGUUGGCCAGUCAUUUUAUUCUUUCAAUGUGUCAUGCUGGGAACGUGUGUGUGGUCUGCAGCAGCCACAAGCUUUCGAUCAUACCUCGCAGCUCGCAUAAUCAACGGGUUCUUCUGCAGUGUAGGCCAAGGUGGUGCUUUGAUGUGGAUUAAGGAUCUUUUCUUCUUCCAUCAACACCCACAGGUCAUCAAUUACGUUGAAUUUUCUAUCAUUCUCAGUCCUUACCUCGGCCCUCUGAUCACCUGUUUCAUUGUGACAGAUGUCAGCUGGCGAUGGGCAUUUUGGGUAUGCACGAUCCUAUCUGGCGUGGGAUUGAUUUUGAUCCUAUUCUUGGACGAGACAUUGUUUGAUAGAAAGGCACCUCCGAGCUCUCGUGGUACUUUCUUCACCCGCCUGUUCGGAAUACAACAGGCCAAAGCUCCGCGAAGAAGUUUUGUCCAGUGUAUGGCUCGUCCAGUCGUUGCCGUUACAAAGAUCCCAGUCUUAACGAUCCUGAUAUACUACUUUUUGAACUUUGCCUGGGUAAUUGGAGUCAACACUACCAUUGGGAUCUGGUUAAGCAGUAUCUAUAAAUUCUCCACGAGAGAAAUCGAUAUCAAAACUGACAACCUUCGAACUCUCCCAGGAUACUUCUACUUUUUCGGCAUCGUUGGUGUUCUGCUUGGUUGGUUUAUCGGCCACUUCCUCCACGACGCAGUUGGUCGAUACUAUUCAAAGCGUCACUCCGGCAGACUCGACCCCGAAGCCCGACUGAUCAUUACCUACCCUGCGACAAUAAUUUGCUGUGUCAGCCUCAUAGUACUGGGGUUUGCAUUUGAAAGACAAUGGCAUUAUAUGAUCAUUGCAGUAUUCGCUGCCUUGCAAUGCGUUGGUGUGAUGAUCGUUACCACUGCGAUCAACGCGUAUCUCCUUGACUGCUACCCCGAGGGAUCGGGCGAGGUCGGCGCAUGGGUUACAGCCAGUCGCAACUGGGCUGGAUUUAUGGCAACCUAUAUUCAGAUUGAUUGGGUCACACGUCUUGGGCCAGCCAAGGCGUUGGGGAUCCAGGCCGCUAUCACGUUUGUUUCGGUGUUCUUCAUGGCAUUUCUCCAGAUGUAUGGGAAACGACUGCGACACUGGCAGGGUCGCAUGGUUUUUGGAAAGAAUAAUUAG